AUUAAACUUAGUCAUAACAUCUGUCACACUAACACUCUUCUGCCAUUGCACAAAAACUUCAAAACCUUGCUUGCACUACUCAGCCAUAUCAACCCCUCUAGCAACUCGUUAACUUCAAUCUUUUCGCAUCAUCGUUCUCUCGUAUCGUGAUCUAAACCUGUUCAAUCCUUUUGCUUAUUUACCCUCUCUACUCCUCGUGUGUGACUGUUAAACUUAUUGUGCCUUUAAAGCAAAGACUAUCACAAGAUGAGCUCUACACAAUCAACUUUUGCACCUGUCGCGUCGGCCGGCUCCGAUUCUGCGCCGUCAUCUUCUAUCAUUCCAGCCAGCAUGCAGCGAAGACAUCCCGCGUCACUCAUUCCGCGGUAUAUGCACGACCCUGUUCUGCUCAGCCUUUUGAAGGCACCGUUGAAUGACGAGUUGAUUUCAUACGUGGCCGAGCGCACUUUGGCAGUGGUUGCCACACCAUCUGACCCAGCGCAAUUGCCUACACCACCCACUACCCCCAUCAAAUCUAGCUUUCGACGCUCCUUGUCACGUAAAUUGAAAGAAGCCGCACCUGACGCGCUAUCAUCAGAAUCCACCAGUACAGAACCUACUAACGAAACCAACAAAUCAAAUGUCCCAUCUCUGGCCACCUUCAUCAAGCUAACCGCUGCACGCUCUAACGCCCAAGCUCCUACCCUUCUUAUGACACUUGUCUACCUUGACAGACUUCGCCAGCGACUCAAAGGUGCCAAGGCUGCAAAAGGCAUGCAAUGCACCUAUCACCGUCUUUUCUUAGCAUGCCUAAUCGCCGCAGCUAAAUACUGUAACGACUGCUGCCCCCGCAACGUUCACUGGGUCAAAUGGAGUGGUCUUUUUACUUUGAACGAAGUCAACCUCAUGGAACAAGAGCUGUUAAUGCUUCUCGACCACGAGCUCCGAGUGGAUGAAAAGGACCUCAUCUUGAUCUGCGCUCCCUUCUUACCUGCUUCUUCAGUGGAGCGAGUUACGAAUAUGGACCGCAACAUCCCAUCACUCACUUCAUGCGCCACUUCACGUACAUCUUCGUCCGAGGGUGUCGACCAGAUCCACACUCCAGAGUCAAGCCCCAUCGCUAUCCAAAUAGAACUUGCUCCAGACACCAACUUCGUUCCCAUGGUCGAACGCAAGAAGACCAAACUUGUCGAAGCGGCCAAUUCCACUGCCACUGUGAUCACUCGGGCAAAGUCUUGGUAUGGUAAUUUGAGGGCAUCGGCCGCAUAGGAUUUUCCGCUUGGAAAUAUAUUGGGUUCUUGUUCUCGUAUCUAGCGUCUGCUCUUGUCUUCUACUCCAUCUUCUCACACUCUCUCUGGCCUUUAUCUUGUUUCGAUGGUUUUCUCUCGUCAUUCUCUUGAUUCACUUCUGGGGUUCAUGGUUAUCUUUAUUUUUAUUACUUCAAAUGGGUUUCGAUUUUUUUCAUUUUGGGUGAUAGCAGAAUCAAUUAGGGAAACGUAAAUAAAGUUUUGCAAAACGAUAUUAGGAUUGAAGGGACUUAAAGGUUGUUACUGCUAGCACAUUUCAUAGGAUUUUGAUCUAUCUCCAUCGUUUUUGUUGUUUCCAUUAUCAAUGGCCUGUAUAUAAACUUGUUUGACCUCUCUAAGUAUCUAUCAUAUGAGUUGUAUCCUCCUUUGCAAUUUUCAACUCGAUGCUGAAACAGACUAUUGACAUUUCUAUGAUACUGAUUAAUCGUGCGUUGUCACCAAAAAA